AUGUUACCACCAGGUGUUAUUUUAGUCUUUUGUUUGAUUUUCGUUGCUUUCUUGCUUGUUUCUGGUGUUUUCAUCCAAAAGAAACUUAAAGCUAGAAAAGCUCAACAAAGAUUUUAA